AUUAAUAAAACACUUUCCUUGAACAGGGACUCAUUUGGGUGUUAUACAGGGAUUCCUUUGGAUGUUAUACAAGAUCUCCUGUAAGCACACCAGCCAUUUAAUAAUUUUCUUGAAUAUCAAGUAGAUGCGAAGGAGCAAAACUCUUUCUUCGGACAGGGUCUCCUUUGGAUGUUAUAUGAGAAAAAUUUGUGUAAGAACAACAGGCAUUCAAUAAUUUUCUUUGAACAUGUCAAGGUUUUUCUGGGAAAACCCACCUGCUUCCCAGCCGGACUGCAUGCCUGUGUUUAUGAUAUAUAUGAGGCUUAUGAUGGUAAUCUUGGAGACAUUCUGUCAAACAGUUUACGUGCCAUCUCAAUGCUUCCACAUUUUGCAUAAAUGUCUACCAGGGCAGUUGCAGCUACAACAUCUGACAGAAUGCUUGUAUUGUUUGUCCUGUGAUGGAUGUCCAUACCCUGUUCCAAUUCUCCCAUUUUGGCACAGGCAGGGAGGAUGUUGGCAAAGGUUGCAGAGUCUGGCCUUACACCUGCCAAUUGCAUUUGGUUGUAAGUUCAUAAAUCCUUUUCAACAAACGCAUUUUGUGCAUAUCCUGGAAUCACAGCACUCCAUGAGAUCACAUUUCUUCGAGGCAUGAGGUCAAACAGUUUACGUGCAUUGUCUAUGCUUCCACAUUUUGCAUGCAUUUCUACCAGAGGAUUUCCAACUGUAAUAUCUGAUAAUAAUCCCCCUUCCAUUAGGCUUUUAUGGAUGCUUAAACCCUAUUUUAAAGCUCCCAUUUUGCGUAGGCCGGGAGUAUGCUAGAAACCUGUUGGUUGCUUAUGGUGAAACGGUGCGACUGUAGCGUGUGGAUACCCAUAUCUUCUGUCCGCUGCAGCAACCAUUUUCCUUGAGACGCUACCUAGGUAUCGAUCAAACGCUUACGGGCAUCCAGUAAAAUUUCCACGCGGAAACAGAGUUUGGAUUUUGAACGAAAGGAAAGAGCCCAUAUCCGCCACCUAAGCGUUCAAAAGUUGGUGUAGUUUUAAGCCCAGUCCAAUUAAUCUAUUUAAAUUGGCGGGUAAAGGAAACGGUCAAUAGGUCCUUUUAAUCUAUAAGCCAUAAACCAAUUUGUAAUUGGAUCCAUCUUCAACUGGCCGACACGGUGGAUGGAUUCUAGGGAACAGAACACGCUAUAAUUUGAAGCUUCUCACGGGAUUCAAAUCGUUUGGUGUUUCAUUCCCACUUAAUUACUUUUCUUUUGCGAACGCUAGGAAGGAAUCAUAUUGGCGAAGCAAAUCAAAUAAAGAAGCAUCUUAAGAUUUAGCAGAGCCUAAAGGGGAUCAUGUUCAACUUACGAAGAAAAAGCUUGUCCAGAUCCUUUCCUGAUGGCCUCGUGGAGUUGGCUGAUAGAAUGUAUGUAAUGAGCUCCUGCUUAUGCCAAAGCAAAAUUGAGGACGAAUUUAAUGAGAGCUUCAUUAAGGGUUUAGUAAGCCAUGUGAUAUCACAGGCUCGGAAUAGGUCAUUCAUGGUGUUCAAUUUCCAAGUCAAGAGCACACCAGUUUUGGCAGAAAUAUUGAAAGUGUAUGAUAGAGUCACAGUUUGGAAUUAUCCUGUAGAACAUGAGGGUUAUCCUCUGUUACCAUUUGAAAAAAUCCAUACUGUCCUGCACACAUCUGAUGGGUUUUUGAACAAUUUGGGACCAAACACAGCAAUCAUCCUCAUAUGUGACAGAGGAGGAUGGGCUUUUGUGAGCUUCAUGGCGGCAGCUCUUCUUAUCUAUAGAAGAAACACUGGUACAGCAGAUGUAAAUAAGGUGUUGCAUACGGUGCAUAAGAGUAUCUCUUAUAAAUGUUCUGCCAAGAAAUCUUUGCAGGAUUCCUUUCAAGAUUUUAAUCCGCUGGGCUCUUAUAUAAGAUAUCUAGAUUACAUAGCUUGCAGGUGCGGAAAUUUGAAGGGCAAAUGGCCUCCCAACGAGGUGACAUUGAUGUUGGAUUGUGUGAUUCUCAAAGGAGUUCCUAACUGGGAUGGUAAGGGAGGUUGCAGGCCUCUGAUCAGAGUUCAUUCCAAAGAUUGGUCUGAAAAUGCGGAGUUUCCCACCGCCAAGCAGACUUUUCAAACAUCCAAAAGCAGCAAAGAUUUUAGAUUCUAUAGACAGGGUGAGGAUGCUACUGUUAAACUAAACCUCUACUGUAUGAUCAAAGGAGAUGUGAUUAUUGAAUGCUUAAACGUAGGAGACAAACCCAAGGGAGAGAUAAUGUUUAAAGCUAAGCUUAAUACUAGUUUCAUUAGCAGUACUAAUAUUCUGGAGUUGAAUCAUAAAAGCAUUGACACUCCAUGGGACAGCGACCAUCUAUUUCCUGCCGGCUUUGGUAUAGAGGUCUUAUUUUCUGAUUUGGUCGAGUUCAGCCCGGUAAAGAUUUCUCAGCAGAGGACUCACGCACUUCUCAAACUGAUGCACAAAAUAGUGGAUGAUAUUGCACAAGAUGGUGGGUCCAGAACCAUACCUCUACCUCCUCUUACACCAUGGCCUAGUGAUCGUGCAGACUCUUAUUCUUCAUCUCUAUCUCCUCCGAAUGCAAAAUGGACCUUUGCUACUUCACCUCCAACACCACCAACGCCACCAUUGUCUUCCCAAUGUAGUCCUUUUCAAGUUAAUCCCCCACAGCUUCCUCCAAAAAAAUUGCUAUCAUCACCCAUUGAGAAAGCAUUCCUGCCUCUAUCUCCAUCCACUCCUCCAUCACUGCCACUAUUACCUACAGUUGGAGCAACUUUAUCUCAACCUCCAUCAUCAGCACCACCUCCACCUCCACCUCCACCUGUGUCUACUCCUAAUAAUUGUAGAGUUAAAGAAGCGCCAGCUUUACCCCUUGGUGAGGAGGAGUCUGCAUCUCCACCGCCAACUCUUCUACCUCCAUCUUCUCCUAAUAAUUGUAGACUUGGAGAAACACCGGCUUCACCCCUUGAUGAGAAAGAGCGCACAUCUCCUCCACCUCCACCUCUUCCUUCAUCUAGUAAUAAUAGUUGUAGAGAUAGAGGAGGAUCAGAUUUACCCCUUGUUGAUAAAGGCUUGGUAUCUCCUCAAACACCUUUUUCUCCACCUUCACCUUCACCUCUAUCGACUCCUAACAAUUGUGAAGUUACAGGAGAACCAGCUUUACCUCUUGGUGAAAAAAAACACGCAUCCCCUCCACCUCUUUCUUCACCUAAUAGCAAUACACCACCUUCAUCACUGAAUCCUAAAUGUGGUACAUCUCCUCCACCUCCACCAUAUCCUCCUACUCUCAGUAGAGGUGCUCCACCUCCACCUCCACCUCCAACUCACCCUCCUACUCUCAGUAGAGGUACACCUCCACCUCCACCUCCACCUCCACCUCCACCUCCACCUACUCCUCCUAUUCUUGAUAGACGUCCUCCACCUCCAACUGCUCCUCCUAGUCUUGGUAUAAAUGCCCCACCUCCACCUCCACCUCCUCCUCCUCCUUCAAGUAUUGGCAGAACUCCUCCUCCACCUCCACCUCCACCUCCGCCUGCUCCUUCAAGUGUUUGCAGAACUCCUCCUCCACCACCGCCCACUCCUUCAAGUGUUGGCAGAGCUCCUCCACCACCUCCGCCUGUUCCUUCAAGUGUUGGCAGAACUCCUCCUCCGCCUCCACCCUUAUCAUCUAAUGGUAAAGGAACUCCACUUUCUGCAUUACCAAUUGGCUUAAACAAAAACCUCCCAUCAACAACUCCAACGCCUACAACACCAUCUAAGCCACUAAAGCCCUAUCAUUGGUCUAAAGUAGCAGAUAGAUACAUGCAGGGUAGCAUAUGGGCAGAUGCUCAGAUCCAUGAUGAAGUUCUGAGGACAACAAAAAUCAACAGAGAAGAACUUGAAGAUCUUUUUCAUAUAGCUCCAGCCAAGUCCAAUGGUGGUCGCCGUGCUUCUGAUGGGAUGAACAGCCAGCCAGAAAAGUCUCAUUUGAUUGAUUUUAAAAGGGCACAAAAUUGUGAAAUUAUGUUGACUAAAAUAAAGAUUCCAAUAGAUGAUAUGAUGAGGGCCAUAUUAUCAUUGGAUGAUUCAGUUUUGCAGAAUGAUCAAAUUGAACAAUUAGUUAAGUAUUGCCCUACAGCAGAAGAGAUAAAGAAGUUGCAGGAUUUUAAUAAGGAAAUACAUUUUUAUGGAAACUGUGAAAAGCUCUUUUUGAAGAUGAUGAAAAUUCCAAGAAUAGAAUCUAAACUUCAAACAUUUUCUUUCAAAACAAGAUAUCAUGUUGAGACUUUGCAUAUAAGAGAAAAAAUAAAUAUUAUAAAACUUGCCACUAAAGAGGUGAAAGAAUCUCCAAAACUACAAAAAGUUUUGCAUGUAGUUUUAUCUCUUGGAAAUGAAUUAAAUCAAGGAACAAUUAGAGGAUCUGCAAGAGGAUUUAAAUUGGAAAGCCUUUUGAAAUUGGGAGAUAUACAUGCUUCCACUAGCCAAAUGAAUCUUUUGCAUUAUUUGUGUAAGAGCCUUGAUCGACAAAUACCCAUGCUACUCAAAUUUUAUGAAGAGCUUCCCCAUUUAGAAAUUGCAAAGAAGAUUGACUCAAAGAUAUUAAAAGAAGAACUUGAAGGAUUGCAAAAUGAAUUUGCAAAAGUUGAACUUGAAUUGGCCAAAUCAAAGGAUGAUGGUUUAAUAGCUGAAAAAUUUAGAAAGGUUUUGAAGAACUUCUUAAACAAUGUUAGAGAUGACAUGAAGUCUUUAUUAUCAUCUUAUUUUGAAGUGAUAAAUGGGGCAAGUUCUUUAUCCAACUUUUUCCAUGGAAAUGAUCCAACAACUAUGCCUUUUGAAUAUGUGAUCUCAACACUUCAUGAGUUCAUAUGUCAGUACCGAAGAGCUCUUAAUGAGUAUCAAGAAAUGGCAAGAUGCGAGGAAAUGAAGGCUAAGAAAGGAAUGCCCAAAGAAAGUAAAAAUAUUUCAUUUCAAAAUAAAAAUACAAAAGAAUUUGAGAAGAAAAGAAAAUCUCUAGAUAUUAAAUUUUGUUUAGAUGAUGUACAUAAUAUUGAAUUUAAGUUGGGGAUGACCCCACAACGCAACAGUUAGUUGUGAGCCUCUUACAUGGGAGGUCUUGGGUUCAAGUCUAUUCAAGCCCCAUGUGUCCCACACAUGGGCAAUGGAGAGAUAAGGUGAUGCCUAGGCGUUGAAGACAUGAUGACACAAGGAGAUAUAAGGGUGUUAAUGCCGAACAAAUAUGAUGAUGAGGCCCCUCAAAAAUGUGGUCUCACUGGUUCAUAGCUCCAGUCAAAAGCGAUUUGGCUUCGGCCCAUUACCAAACCAAAAAAAAUAUUGAAUUUAAGUU